AUGAUCUGGGCACAGACAGCUUUGGAGGACCUACAUGGGGAGAGGGGGGAGGGGUGCGACAGGCGCGGGGGAGCUGCUAAUAGAGAGUUUAAUUAUGCAUCAAAUGUGAGCCGAUCUCCUGCCGCUGAUAGCAUCAAGUCCCUCCUCUUUAAUGUCACCAUCAGACCACCUUGCACAGCCCAAUAUAAACGCAGCGAGUUGGGCGACUUGUCGCUGUCUCCUGGCUGUGGUGCUGAAUUGGCACAAGGCAUGUGGGAGAUCCCGGCUUUACUGAUAGGCGCCGUUAUCUGCGCGGUGAUCGGGGUCCAGCAGGAGGGGAAAACAUGUGCCCUCCAGUCUUAUCAAGGCGAGAUAACGCGCUACCAGGUGACAGACGGCAGAGAGUUGGUGAGCUCCACCUGGGACAGCGACAGACGCUUGUUGUCUUGUUCUGUGGAUGGAGAUGAGGAGGAGGUUCGCUCGUUAAUGUCCAGGUGCAACAGACUCUCGCAACAUGGCGCUGGGGGUUUGGGCUUGGAGGAAUUUGCUGCAGCCAAAUUGGCUUGUCAGACUUUCCAGCGUGCGACUGCGUCCAGGGGUCCGACAGCCUCCGAGGAGCGGCAGCUACACAGAGUCAAGCGCGGAUUCACCUACCCUGGGACUGUGUGGUGCGGAGCCGGCAACAACGCGGAAACCUUUGAGGAUCUAGGGGAACACAAAGCGACGGAUACUUGCUGUCGGACACAUGAUCACUGCACUCAUGUCAUCCAUCCGUUUGCAUACCGCUACGGCUACAGAAACUACUUGUGGCACACCAUCAGCCACUGUCAGUGUGACAUGCAAUUUAAAGAUUGCCUCCGAAGGGUGAAUGACACUGCAGCUCGCGUUGUGGGACAGGCCUUCUUCAAUGUCAUCAAGGUUCCAUGCUUUGAGCUCAAGUACAAAAGCCAGUGUGUGGAAAGGUAUUGGUACGGCUGGUGUAAGACAUACAAUAAUGAAAGUGUGGCAGUUCCCAGAGAGUCUGGAUUGUAUGAUUUUGGGGGAGAUCUUAUUGACCAAUAUUCCACUGAGAAGGAAGAGGGUCCCACACAAGUACCAGCAGAGCAGCCCACUUUGGGACAGGUUAUGCAAGCCACUGAAGACCUGCUGAAACUUAUGAUGACCGUGAGCCCAAGCACAUCUUCUGAUCUGUCUAAGGUUGAAGAAACCAAAGACAAGAAGAAAGACAAGAAGAAGAAAAAGAAGGAAAGAAAGCACAAAAAGGGCAAAGGCCUUAAGGGAAAAAGAAAAGGAAAAGGCCAGUCUCAAAAUCAGAACGCAGAAUCUCCUGGCAAAGACCUCUGGGGAGAAAACAUCGCCAAGAAUGAGGGAAUUCUGCCCGAGAACCAACAACUCGAUCAAAUACUGGACCUUGGAAGGAAACAAGAUGACUUCAAUGAUAUUCUGCAUGAUGAACCUGCACGAAACGUGGCUCCUACACUUCAUACAUCUAUUUUUCCUGUGACGAGCUUUGAGUAUCUAAAGAGUAUAACCAAGUCGAUGUCGCUUGUAACCAAACCGUACACAGAGAAACCACAGAAGAAGAAAAGCAGGCAGGGACGAAAGGGAAAAAGAGAGCGGAAAAAGAAAUCCCAAACAGAGUCCCCAGUCUUAGAGAUGUUACAUUAGUCCCACUGUCUCCUCAGCCCAAUGGAUUUCUGGUAGUCUGGCACUGACAGAGUCAUGGUCCCUUACAAAACAGAAGCAUUGCAAAAUAUUAACCUCUCUGCUGCUACCAGCAUGCCUCCUAAUCAGUAGAAUUACUGCCAAUCAUGCAAUCAUCCACCCCAUAGUCCCUAUACAAUGUGUUCCUUAUACCCCUGCAAUUGCCUAUAAAAUUCCUGUUAAGCCAAGGAGUUGGAGCUACUGUGUAUGUUUCCUGUAUGAAUUGGCUUUAAAACUGGUUCCAGUACAUUAGGGUUUUUAGACCCCAUGGGAUCAAUUGAUGUUCCUGUUAAAAACCAAAGAAGGAGGGGAAAUAAUAGAUUAAAUGCUUUUUUAUUUUAAUAAACUUAAUUUACUGCUUGGAGGAGGGUAGGAUGCUAAAAAAUAUUUGGGGUUUAAUGGCUGCUUAUGAUAAAAGGGAUACUAUCAUCUCAAUAAGAAAAAAUAAAUAAAAUCUAUAUACACUCCUGUAAA